AUGGUCAACCGCAAGGAAGAGCAAGGAGCAACUGCCAUCAAGAAGAUCAAGGACGAGUCACACAAUAGGGCGCAGAUUGAGUGGCUUCCGUGUGAUCUGGGGAAGUUGAACGAGGUGAGGGAUGUGUUUGGUGGGAUUCGGGAGAAGGAAGAACGCCUUGAUUUGCUCAUUCUUUCAGCGGGCAUCAACGCAAGCCAGUACGGCGAAAGCGCUGACGGAAACGACCGCACCUUCGCCGUAAACUGGCUGGGCAACUUCUACGCCGUGAACCUGCUCUAUCCGCUGCUGCGCAAGACGUCCAAGAUCCCUGAUACACCUCCUCCACGGAUUGUCUUUGAGUCUUCAGAGUUGCAUCGGGCAACGCUGCCGAGCACGAAGUUUGCGAACAAGGAAGAGAUCAAUGAUCCCAGCAAAGAUCCGACGCAGCUAUAUGCGCGAACGAAACUGGCUAUGAUACUCGGCGUUAAGUACGGAUUGAUUGAGCGGGUCAUCAAGCCCAAUGGUGAUAAUGUUUAUGCGUUGAGUGUGCAUCCUGGCACAGUCAGCACAGACAUACAAACUCAAUGGAAGUCCGCAUAUCCCGGCUUGCUUGGAAACCUCCUCACGACCGUGAUGACGGCGCUAGGCCGGUCCCCAGAGCAAGGCUCCUUCAGCGCGCUUUACGCGGCGACGUCCCCGGAAAUCGAGGAGAAGGGUUGGAACGGGUACUACUUCACUGACCCGGGCCAGCUGGGGAAGGAGUCGAUGAUGGCGAAUAACGCUGAGCUCGGGAAUUCACUAUGGAAUCUGAGUCAUGAGAUGAUUAGCGAUGUUGUUGGGGAGGGUGGGUUGGUUGAUUGGAACCGGAAGACUUAG